UCGAUCCUGCAUCGAGCAGCUCAGCGGGAGGUGUCAGUGCCCGAGACCGACCGGAGAUGAAGACAUCACGGCUGCUGCUGCUGCUGCUCCUGGCAGGAGUUUGCAUCUACGGAUACAAGCCUGUCGUCAUCGUGCACGGGAUCUUGGAUGGACCGAAGCAGUUCAAAACUCUGUCUCUGUUCAUAUCCAAGGUGCACCCCGGUACCGAGGUGUCGGUGAUCGACUUGUACACUGACCUGGCCAGUCUGAAGCCCAUGUGGAGGCAGGUCCGAGACUUCGGGAGAGCCAUCGAGUCCAUCAUGAGCAGGGCUCCGGACGGCAUCCAUCUUCUCUGCUUCUCACAAGGUGGUUUGAUUUGUCGAGCUCUUCUCUCCAUGACUCCAGACCACAACGUGCACACCUUCAUCUCACUGUCGUCGCCUCAGGCCGGACAAUAUGGAGACACCAGUUACCUGUGGUGGGUGUUUCCUAAGUGCCUAAAGAAGACCGUGUAUAAAAUCUGCUACAGGAAACUGGGACAGAAAGUUUCUAUCUGCGAAUACUGGAACGACCCUCACCACAGGCCUCAGUACCUGCAGAACAACGACUUUCUUGCGGUGCUGAACGGCGACAGACCUCACUGCGACAUGAAAGCAUGGAGGAAAAACUUUCUGCGCAUCAAGAAGCUUGUGUUGAUCGGAGGACCAGAUGAUGGCGUCAUCACACCAUGGGAGUCCAGUCAGUUUGGAUUCUAUGACAACGACGAGCGUGUUGUAGAGAUGAGGAAGCAGGAGUUUUACAGGAAUGACACGUUCGGCCUGAAGACUCUGGACGCUCGUGGCGGCGUGUCGAAGUGUGUUCAGUCCGGAGUGAGCCACGUCCACUGGCACAAAAACUACACAGUGUUCCAGAACUGCAUAGAGAAGUGGCUCACAUGAAGAGAAGUGGCUCACAUGAAGAGAAGUGGCCUGCAGCGGAUCAUCGUUUUUUCUUUGUCCCUUAUGAAGAUGGGGACAGACAUAUGAGACACAGUUUAGAAAUAUUAUGCUUUAGUUAUAGAUUAUAAGAGAUUCUUUAUGAAUCCGAUUAAGUAUUUUUAAAAACUGAGAGCAUACGUGCAGUUGUAAUGUUGUAUAUAUCCAAUUUAUCAGGUUCUCUGCGGAAAAUAAGACAGAUUAUGUGUGUGUUCAGAAUUUGACUCUAUUUGCCGUCACACCUUCUUUUACAUUUCCGUUGUAUUAGUUUAUAUUCAUAUAUCAUUUUAAUCUGAGGAGUUCACACUGUAAAUCAUUGUGGCACAACCUGAGCAAUACAAAUCAUAUCACUGCCCGCUAGUGGACGUUUGUGGUACUUUGGUGCCAAUAAAUUCACGCUCUGUCUUUUCAGCCUCCUG